GCUCGACAGCGGGCAUCGGGUCACCAGGUAUGGACAGCGGGCACUGGGUCACCAGGCAUCAGGUCAUUUGGCUCGCCAGCGGGCACCGCGUCAUCUGGCAAGGUAGUGGGCACCGAGUCACCAGGCAUGACAGUGGCCUCUGAGUCAAUUGGCACGACAGCGGGCACCGGGUCAUCAGGUACCGGAUCGUCUGGCUCGACAGCAGGCACCGGGUCAUCUGGCGCUGGAUCGUCUGGCUUGACAGCGGGCAUCGGGUCACCAGGCGUUGGAUCGUCUGGCUCGACAGCAGGCAUCGGGUCACCAGGCAUGACAGCGGGCAUCGGGUCAUCAGGCCGGAUCAGUUCAGCAGGCUGGGUACAGACACAGGCUGGGUACAGACAUCAGGCUGGGUACAGACAUCAGGCUGAAGUGCGGGUGCCGAGGCACCAGGCUGAACCACGGAAGGCAGGUUCUCAG